UAGAGUACCUGUAACCAUCAGACUGGCAAAGCAAUCCAGGACAGUAGAUUUAUCAUUAGACAGAUGGAAACCACUGACGUCCAAGUGGCUAAAAGUGAGGGCUGCUGCAAACUAGAGGACAUUGGGGAUUGGACAAUCGCACAUCAACCCAUAGAAGCUUCUCCAUCGAUGACAAGCCGAGGUGCUCAGUUUCAGGGGGAAGAUCUCUUUCCUCCAAUCACAUCCUCACCGGCGACAGGAAUGACGGCUCCAGAGAAGGUUCCUUUCAUAAAAGAAGAGGAUCAUAUGGAGUACAAUUGCGAUGACAAGCCUCUCAUUUCAAACUUGCCUCCAGACACUGUGAUGGAAAACAGCAACACAACACAAGAAGAAGCCUCAACAGAACAACCUGCUCUUGCUCAAGCCCAGUCAGGCUCAACGUUGACUUUGCCCGUUUUGUUUUCCAGCCCUUUUCUGUCAAAACAAAUGAUAGUGGUUUUAACACCUGCACAAAAGAUUGAUGUACCAGCAACAGCGAGCUGCCAUUCGGUUCCUGUUCCUUACACCACACAGUACCACUGGAAGAGAAAACUGGUCAAAGAAAAAGAUGGCAUUUGUACCAGGAAGUAUGUGCGACGAUCAGAGGCUAUCCAGUGCAGAAAGUGCAAUAAAGAGAGAAUAAUGUCAACUCAUCGGCAGUAUUUUGGGAACUGGCAUUGUGAGGAGACCGAAACAAAACCCUUUGCUGUGUGGAAGGCUGAACUGAUAAAGCGGGGUUAUGGAAAGAAGAAGUUCUGAAGGGUUAGGGUGGAAUCAGUAAUAAACAUCCAGCUCCUUUUGUUUUAAUUGUUCUUAUUUAACUGCAUUUUUUCCCACUAGUUGUAUGUAUUGAAAUGUUUGAUUUUUGGUGCUUCUAAUAAAAAUAUAAUUGCAGCGCUGCCGUAAAAUCAUUCGUGGCAGUGGACCUGAACUGUUUUGUCCAUAUUACUCAACACUUCUGCAAUUCAUAAUUAGUUUCAGGAAAAAAUAUUAUUUUUUAUUUAUGCUUAAGGUCUAUCAUUUAUUGCAGCUGAAACCUCUUAAUAAUUUUAAUAAGCCAUAUAAAACCAAACAUUAACACAAAGUUUAUCCUAGAAGAAGAAACUGACUGAAUGAUUAUUUUAUUUAGGAUGAAAUCAAAUGGAAAAUGGGACACUUUUGGGACAGUCUGCAUAU